AUGUCAGACUUCCUCGCACCUGCCCCUGACCCCCCCACCGAGCUGGGCCGCCUGCGCGUGCUGUCGUCCACCGCGGGCAUCCGCGUGUCGCCCCUCGCGCUGGGCGCCAUGUCCAUCGGCGACGCAUGGCAGUCGUUCAUGGGGUCGAUGGACAAGGAGGCAGCGUUCAAGCUGCUGGACUACUUCUUCGAGGCCGGAGGCAACUUCAUCGACACGUCCAACAACUACCAGAACGGGCAGUCGGAGGCCUGGAUCGGCGAGUGGAUGGCCCUGCGCAAGAACCGCGACCAGAUGGUCAUCGCGACCAAGUACACCACCGACUACAAAUCGUUCGAGCUGGGUAAGGGCAAGGCUGUCAACCACUGCGGCAACCACCGCCGCAGCCUCCACAUGAGCGUGCGCGACUCCCUCGCCAAGCUGCAGACCGACUGGAUCGAUAUCCUGUACGUGCACUGGUGGGACCAGACGACCUCGAUCGAGGAGGUCAUGGACAGCCUGCACAUCCUCGUCCAGCAGGGCAAGGUGCUGUACCUGGGCAUCUCCGACUCGCCCGCCUGGGUCGUUGCCGCCGCCAACACGUACGCGCGCGCGCACGGCAAGACGCCCUUCAGCAUCUACCAGGGCCAGUGGAACGUCAUGCGGCGCGACCUCGAGCGCGAGAUCAUCCCCAUGGCGCGGCAUUUCGGCAUGGCCAUAGCGCCGUGGGACGUGCUGGGCGGGGGCAGAUUCCAGUCGAAGAAGGAGAUCGAGGAGCGCAAGAAGCGCGGCGAGCCCCUGCGCAGCUUGUUCAGACCGCCCGAGCAGACCGAGACCGAGAUCAAGGUCAGCGAGGCCCUGGCCAAAGUCGCCGAGGAGCAUGGUAUCGACUCCGUCACCGCCAUCGCCCUGGCCUACGUCCGGGCCAAGGCGCCCAACGUGUUCCCCCUCGUCGGUGGCCGCAAGAUCGAGCAUCUCAAGGCCAAUAUCCAGGCCCUCAGCAUCAAGUUGACGCCCGAGCAGAUCGCCUAUCUCGAGAGCAUCGUCCCGUUCGAUGUCGGCUUUCCGGGCUACUUUCUCGGGCCCGAUCCCAAGGUCACCGGCAAGACGACCGGGUUGUUGGCGUCGGCUGGUGCACUGGCUUUUGAUUAG